UAUCUUGAAGCGUCGCGAUCCACUGCGUAUCAUUUGGCGAUCUCCAGCAUCGAGCAUCAAACGCGUGGCAUGCUCCAACGACUGCUCUGCACGUCGAUGCUUGCGGCGACGGCCGCCGCCACUGACAAGACGUCGGCGUUCUACGUCUGCGGCUCGAGCGUUCCAGCGCUCAACGGCCUGUACGAGACAGACGGUGUCACGACCGCCGAUAACGCGCCCGUGUUUACGCGUGCCGACGAUGCCGACGACGACGUCGACAGCGACUUUCGUGUCUACCGCCAUGGCGGGUUCUGGGCAGUCGCCGACUUUGCGCCGUGGCCGCCCGAGGUGCACUUUCGCUGUGACCCGGCGCACGACGACGACCACUGCAAGCGAUAUGCACCGUUGCCGCCCAACCGCGGGUACUCGUCGCGGGUGCCAAGCGACUCGACCAAAGUGAGUCCGACGCUGCAGCUACAGCCGUGCCGCAAGGCCCUCGCCUCUCAAGACGAAUUGUAAAAUAUGUGAUUAGUUCCAUGACGUCGACAGCUCUUCGUCGCGAAAAGCAAGCACAACCAAGAGCGCAAAGUGGUCG